AUGUCUGAUACUUCAUCCAAUUUACAGUCUAAUGCGAUUGUCGCUACACAGACUCAGGCUGCGAGCCAAACGUUAACUAUGACCAUGAGUCAUAAUGAAAAGCAUGCGAAAUUCAAUGGAGAGAAUUUCAAAACAUGGCAACAGAAAAUGUUGUUUUAUUUGACGACAUUGAAUCUGGCCAAAUUUUUGAAGGAUGAUCCUCCUACUAUUAGAGAGGAUGAAGUGGAUGUUGCAACCGCAUUCAACAUUACCGAAGCAUGGAAGCACUCUGAUUUCCUAUGUUGUAACUACAUCUUUAAUGGUUUAUCUGAUGCACUUUAUGAAGUAUACAGCAUAAAGAAAACGGCUAAGGAAAUAUGGGAAUCAUUGGACCAUAAAUACAAAACUGAAGAUGUUGGUGCUAAGAAAUUCUUAAUUGCCAAAUUCUUAAACUUUGUAAUGGUUGAUUCUAAAACUGUUGUGAAUCAGGUGCAAGAAUUCCAACUAAUCAUUCAUGGUAUUCUCGCAGAAGGGAUGAUUAUAAGUGAAUCCUUUCAGGUGGCGGCCAUUAUUGAAAAACUUCCACAUGCUUGGAAUAACUUUAAGAAUUACCUUAAGCAUAAGAGAAAAGAAAUGACAGUGGAAGAACUGAUUGUGAGACUUCGGAUUGAAGAAGACAAUCGAUGUGCGGCUAAAAGGCUAAACAAAACAGCCAAUCAUAACAUUGCCAAGGCAAAUAUGGUGGAAGUCAAAAAGGACUUCAAGAAAAGAAAGCAAGCUCAAUUUGAGUCUAAACUAGGACCAAAAGGCAGUGGUUCUAAGAAGCAAAAAUUCCAAGGGAAAUGCUUUAAUUGCAAUAAGACGGGACACAUGUCAUCCGAAUGUAGGCUUCCAAAAAGGUCCAGAACAAAAGAGGCUAAUGUUAUGACAGAAAUUUCCAAGGAAGUUCCAGAACAAAAGAGGCUAAUGUUAUGA